GGAUGAGGGGUAUAGCAGGGGAUCUUUCCUUUUCUUUCCCCAAUCUUAAAGCUCUUUUUAAGGGAUAAAUAAUCUUUAUUCUCUUUAGAAUGCAUAUAUUUUUCAAUGGGGGAUUGAAUUUGGACUACGUAUCCCAGCAUUCCCCUCUUCUUUCUCCUCUUCCCAUUUCCUGUCUCUAGCCUUAAUUGUUUCUCUUCAACACCUGAUUACAUUUAGCAUUUAGGCUCAGGGACCAAUCAGCUCUCCACCCCAAUUGAAGAACUCCUUGCUCCAAACACUUUUAGUAACGGGGAGCAGGACAGAACUUCAUAGUCCUCUGACGAAGCGACUGUGUCGCGAAACGUCAGGACAUCGCUUUUAAACUUGUUUGGAUGGCUUUUUCUUUUUUUCUUUUUUGCUACAGUGUGCACACUGAUUCUUUUAAAGGAUUACUUUUUUUCAAUAAAGAGGAUUAAUUGAUUUCUUCCUGGACUGAGCCUAUUGUUUGGAGAAGAGUUCUGCUGGAGGCCGUUUGGCUGAAUCCUCUUGGACCAGUCUUCAGUGUUUGGACACCAGACGGAUCUCUCUAUGGUCCGGUGGGCUGACAUCGAAUCACUUUACACCAACAUUGACACUCGAUUGGGCCUUGAGGCAGUCAGAGAGUGCUUCAAUAGACAUCCAGACCCUUGUCGGCCGGAUGAUCUUAUAUUGCAGCUGUUGGAGAUCAACCUGACCAGGAAUGAUUUCGAAUUUGAUAAACAGUGUUAUCUACAGAUCCAGGGUACGGCGAUGGGUAAGAUGUUCGCUCCUUCUUAUGCCAAUAUCUAUAUGGCUUAUUGGGAGCGGACAUUGCAAUCCAAAUUUACGGAAAGGCCUGCUCUCUAUUUCAGGUAUUUGGAUGACCUCUUUGGUGUCUGGUCCCACGGCCCUGAGUCAUUCGAUCGGAAAAACCAGAACUUGAAGGAUUUGUUGGUCAGAUCUUCGCUUCCUUCGGAUCCUGUGGCAGCACCUCCGACUUGGACAAAGUAUUUCCGCCAGCCUAAAGUCCUGUGGACCGAUCCUAGGGGACAUGUUGCUUUACCUCGCAUAACCUUAUUGACUCGGAAUGUUGUAUAUUUGAUAACCUGUACUCAUUGUGAUCACCGAUAUGUGGGGGAAACGGGCAAUACACUACAGACACGACUGAAACAACAUCUUCGUAACAUUAACCUUCAGAAUCUCAACACACCAUUAGUAAAACAUUUUGCUUCUAUAGAUUUGUCUUUCAUUAUUUCUGGAUUGGAGGCGAAUUUUCUAUGGUCUUCUGGGGAAAGGAAACGGAGGGAGAUGUUUUGGAUAAUGGAUUUGAACACCUCUUUUCCGUGUGGGUUCAAUAUUGGGGAUCGGGUAUGGGCUGAAGUGGGAGAUCCUGUUUGGUAAUUCAUGGUCUAGAUUGUACACCCCCUUUUUGUUUUCUUGAAGUGAUGUGAUGGUAUAUUUGACUUUUGGAGUGAUUAGUAUGAAAUUUGAUGGUUGGCACUUGUACUUUAGCACUUGGAGACCAUGUAGAGCCAUACAGAUUCACCGUACUGAAUAAUAUCCUCCCAAUCCUGGUUUCCAUUUUCCUUUUUUUUUUCUCUCUAGUCUUCAUUUUUGGUCUAGAGUCAGAUUUUGU